AUGGGAAGGCCACCUAAUUCGCGCAACAUUGAACGGCAUCCAACAGUUACUUAUAUCUCAUACGGGGAUUCCAACGAGUUCAAGAAGAGGAAUCGCUGUUGGCUUGCCUCCGCUCUGGAAUCGCUAUAUGCUGUCUACAGCCCAAUCUGGCUGAUGCAACCAGAAGGUAGAAAAAAAGAUCUAUUCUCCCUUCUCAUGAGCCAUUUCAAUUCGAGAUCAACUUGGGAGCUUACCAAGAGCAAAUCGAUUCGAUCGAUCCUUACACGUGGUUCCAAUUCAAUUUUUGAGGCCGCAAGAAACCUCCAUCCUCAAUCGUUUGGUUACGGAUUAUUUGCAUCACAGGACUUCUUCAUGGAGAUCCUUUUGGAUACCAAGACAAACUCAUCCAAGGUCCUGCGCAAGCUCUUUUUGGUAUCGGAAAAAAGAGAAUUUUCAUGCGCAAAUCAUCCAGGCGCUGCUCCGAUUGAUAACUCUCGAUCUACUCAAGAGUGUACCGCAAUCCGGAUUUGGAAGUCUAUGUUUGUAGACAAUGAAAUCAACUGCGCAAACCUCGAGGAACUCAUCUCACAGUGGACAACCAAUGGACUCCGGGGGGUCUCAGGGCUCCAAUGUCGACUCAGCAAGGCUCAAGAUCACACCCGAAAGAAGAACAGAAAACAAAUCACAGCUGUCAAUUCCUGCCCUCUUCUGCAGGAACUGAACAGGCUGUUGUUUGUUGAUGGAGAGGCGCCUGCGCAUCUUUACUUUCACAUUGACCUUGCGGAAAUAUUGAAUGAAAAGGAUCAACAAGACUUCCAAUCCACAAUCAGUUGUCCUUUCAAGCUCAACAUAUCCGGAACAGUCUAUACGCUCAUCUCACAAGGCUUUUGGGGCGGGAUCUCACUAUUGGGGGAAAGUGCUGCGAAAUGGAUUGCAAGCAUCAAGCGGGAUAAUCCCCAGGUUAAGGAGGAGGGACUAAUCCCAUUUAUUGGGAUGGGUUUGGUGCUUAAUUCAUCGUACCAUGCAGCGAUGCCGAUUCCCCACGACAACAGCAGACCAGCCUCUGAUCAGCUUAAUACGCUGGCACCGUCUGUAGUAGUUAGCCAAGCUUGUGUUAAUGAUGAGAUAAUCGCGACUGAGAAGGAGCCGAGAAAUCUUGGUGCCUGUUCAUCAAGCUUGAAGAUUAGAAUACGCUUGGCAAACAAGAACCCAAACGACACCACUGCCCUGAAUGCCCAACAGCUGUGUCCAAUCACAGACACUCAACAACUGGUCCAGGCCGAUGUAAAACCAAAGCAACGGCGGUGUGCAACCAUUGCUGCUGGAUCCAGAUCGACAGGACAUGAAGCUACCUUGCUAGACAGCAGUCCAAAUAACGGUUCCGACUCUCUGACUGCGACUGUGGCUCCUGUUUCUACAGCACCAGAUCCAAACAUCAAGACUGUGCGACCCAAAAAGUUACCGGCGAGUCAAGCCUCAAAUAAACCCCCGCUACCCACUGAAACGGUCCCCAUAGUGGAGCCGUCAAAGCAGCAUCCGGCUAAGCGAGGUCGCCCCCGAAAGACUCCGGCAAUGCGUACUUCGGUCACGUUCAAACCUGCUCCUUUGAAUGACACUGAUUGGGAUCGCAUUCAGGCGCGUGCGCGUGCCAACUGGCAGGAGCAUUGGCGCAUUAGAGACUUAGAGGAGGCAACGAAGAAGAUGGGGUCAUGUAAUAAACACAUCUCUAUGGACAUGGUGGUGGAGGCAAAGGAGCCGGUUUUGAUGGAGGUGGAAGACUCACAACCGCAAGAGUCCCCAGGUAAAGGGUUACGUAGUUGUAAGCGGAGAGCCAGGGCCGUCAAAUGA